AUGACUAACGAACAAAACUAUCCGCUGCUGAGCGCCUUAAUUUACCUAGCUGGUGAAAAAGGCGUGACAGCCGAACAGGUUAAACAAGUCUACGAUCUGCCGAUCGCCCAGGCGCGCAAAGUUUGCCAGUCUUUCUGCGACUGGUUUAACGCUCUCAACUUGGGAAUUGAGGUCCAAAGUUUUAACGAUGUUUACCGGUUAGUCACGCGCCCUGAGCACUUUGAAAAAAUUAGUCAACUAGUUACCCACGAAAAAAAGCAAAAACUGUCCCAGGCCGCGCUUGAAACAGUCGGUAUCAUCGCUUACCGCCAACCAGUUACCCGCAGCCAAAUUAACGAAAUUCGCGGAAUUGCUUCCGAAGCCGUCGUUAACACUUUGCUGACUAAGGGGUUGAUUGAGGAGCAGGGAAUUAGCCCUAAACCGGGCAACCCGAUCUUGUACGGAAUUACCGAGAAGUUUUACACUUACUUCCAAAUUAAUUCUCUCCAGGAGUUGCCUGAUUUAGCCGAGUUUGAUUACUCGGAAGGGGUUGACAACGAAUUUGAUUUGUUUGCUUCCCAACGCGAGUAA